AUGGCCCAUUUUUUUUCGCACUGUCGAGGUUCCACUUUCCAAAAGUUGUGUCAAGGUCCCAAUAGCUUUCAUAUAUAUCUUGUUUAUUCAAAGCAAUUCGAAGAACCUCUUCGUUACUUCUUUCUCAGUAAAUCAAAGAAAGACACCACAUCAACCGCUGGAGGCCGUGCGUUGAAACAUAUAGCUAUCGAAUCAGGGUUUUUGAAAAAGAGUAUUACAACUAGCUCCUCAAAUUGGUGCGUUUCUAGUGAUGAAGAUAGGGAAUGGUUUUAUGAAUUGUACGCCGAUAGACUCAGGGUUGCUCAUGAUGAAAAGGAGGAUACAUUCACAAAAAGUGAGAUAGAAAAUACCUGGAAAUCCUGGAUAGAGGCCGAUGAUGGAAUAUUGAUCCUUGUGCACCGUGAAAUAUUAUGUAGAAAAUAG